GGCUGAGUGUGGGGAGGUAGUCAGUGUGUGUGCGCGUCAGCGGUGGACAGGCAGGGGCUCCAGUCUCUCCGAGACCACCACAGCUUCAGGGUCUUUCAUCCCGAGCAGCAGCAGCGUGGAGCGCGAUCAGCGCAGUCAGUGUCCGGUGCGCGCUCUGCAGGGCUGCUCUCUGCGCCGUCCGCUGCCGGAGACAGCAGCGCUGAGGGAAGCGCCCGCGGUCCGCGGACUGUCAGCAGCUCUGCUGGAUAAACCGCAUGUCAGGACUGAGAGAGCGAUGUGAGCCACCGCGAUGCGAGCCUGACCCAGUCGGACUAUGCUGAGCCGAAGAUCGCAGCAGAAGAUUGGCCAGGCUUUGAUGGGUCCAAUGGACUAGGCACAGGGAGCGCACAGGAUGAUUAAGAAACACAAGCAGAAGGCUUCCACACAAGUUCUGCUGCUCAUCUGCAUGGUCGCACUCUUGCUAUCACCAGCAAAUACUGCAGGACAUAAUGUUCACCAUGUCAGAACGGGAACCUGUGAGGUUGUAGCAUUACACCGAUGCUGCAAUAAGAACAAGAUCGAGGAGCGCUCUCAGACUGUCAAAUGCUCCUGCUUUCCGGGGCAAGUGGCCGGAACCACCCGAGCAGCACCCUCCUGUGUAGAUGCCUCCAUAGUGGAGCAGAAGUGGUGGUGUCACAUGCACCCGUGCCUCGAUGGAGAGGAGUGUAAGGUUCUGCCUGACCUUAAAGGCUGGAGCUGUGCCACAGGGAACAAGAUCAAGACCACAAAGAUCUCUUCUGACCGGGACCAGCUUUGGUAACCGCCAGAAACCAGAUACAGGUUGACUGAGACUCCCCAUCUUUGCCUCUGGAUUUAUUCUGCGGAGAGCUAAGGACCGAUCUCAAAUGGGAGCUUUUCCAAGUUCACUCACAACUUUUCCAAGUAACAAAGGCGAGAAGAUUUUCCUGAGAGCACAUUUGGACGCUGCUAUGCGCUUCGACCCCCCCCCCCCCCCGUAUCCCCACCCCCCCACCCCCCGCCCUCAGCUUCAUACAUCUUAUAGUGGAUUACUGCAGUAAAUAAUGCUUACACUUUUGCUCAGCCAUACGGUUCAGAUCCAGACUUUCCUUUCUAUGGAUCCGCAGCAUGACAGGGUGAAGAAGUGCGACAAGAAACAAAUAUUUUUAGUCAAGCUGAUGCACCAAUAUGCCAACUGGACCUAAGAAUAUAAAUACUAGUGGAACAAAGCAUUGUGUAGAGAUGCUAAGGUAUACUGGAAAACUUGUGAACUUUGUUUUUGUAGCUAAGAAGGGUCUUAAAAUUCCGACAUGAAUGUCCAUGUAACCUCAUGUUACAUUAUGCAACUUUGGUUUGCUUUAAUUCGAUCUUGUUAAAUAAAACAUUAAGAUAUUUGCAGGAUCAUAGUGAAAGUAAAAUUUCAUUUUGUUCUUUUUCUAUAUGUAUACUCAUGCUGAUGCCCUCCCAUGUGUAAGUAAAUGAUCAUGUAAUAAAUUAUAACUGUCUUUAAAAUGA